CGUUGAUUCCAAACGAGGAGAAAUGAAGGAGGGGAUGGCAGGAUUGAGAUAUGAGGAAAACAAGAAGGUCAUAUAGUAAGAGUAGCAUUCCAAGGUGCCAACAACUGCGAGUCCCUUCCUCCACUGGGCCGUUAAAUUUUGGAACUGCUGUGACGCGCGUUACAACAGCUGCCCACACUUACGCUUCAUCUAGACAGUGCUGUCACCCAGCCUCCCCACCCCUACGCGCCACGUCCUCACCCCGCUUACGUCACCAAACGCACCACUCCCGUACCGUCACCCUCAUUUCACCUUCGUAUUUGUAUUAGCUCUCCUCAUUGGCUCUCCACCGUCCGAUCAGAUGACUAGUGUGAAAGCUAUCGAUUGUGUUUGUCGUGUUGCGUGUUGAUUUCUUUUGUAACCGUCGUCGUUCUAUAAAUGAAGGCUCUCAGUGAAGCAUCUUUCCUCUCUCAUCUGCAUUUAUGGAGUGCUUCUCUUUGGCGUAGUUGCUACUUGCUAGGUGUUUAAUUGCUUUCUUUUUUCAAGAUGUGUGGAGGUGCAAUUAUAUCCGGCUUCAUCGCCGCAAAGCGUGGCCGGAAACUCACCAAGGAGGACCUCUGGUCGGAGCUCGAUACCAUCUCGGACCUCCUCGGUUUGGAUUCUGCUAACGGCGGUGAUGAUUUCAACCCGUCUGAAAAUAGGGUUGCUCCAAAGCCAAAGCAAGUGAGCAAAGGGACGAGCGAGAAUACCCAGAAAGCGAUUCGGGUGGAGGAAAAGAAGAGUACCACCACUCCGAGGAUUCGGAAGAACGUGUACAGAGGAAUCCGGCAGCGGCCUUGGGGAAAAUGGGCGGCGGAGAUUCGGGACCCGCACAAGGGUGUGAGAGUGUGGCUCGGCACCUACAACACCGCCGAGGAAGCCGCCAGAGCCUACGACGAAGCCGCCAAGCGAAUCAGAGGCGAAAAGGCCAAGCUCAACUUCGCUGAUCCCUCCUCUCCCCACUUCCCUCCGCCCAUCCCACCGCCGCCAUCCAAAAGACGAUGCGUUGUUCCAGCCCCCACAGCACAGUCAAGUUAUCAGCCGACCGUACCACCACCACCAUUAAUGACCUAUCCUGCUCGGUACGAGAACGAAGCAGCGAGCGAGUUGGAGUUUAAGGAGCAAAUCUCGAGCUUGGAAUCGCUCCUGGGUUUGGAGCCGGAACAGGCCGCCACUCCGUUGAACGAAAUCACCGAGUCAGACUCGAUCGACCUCUGGAUGCUGGAGGACCUUGCUUCCACUCACCCUCACCACCCUCACCAUCAUCGUCUGCAUGUAUGCAGCGCUGCGUUUUGAUGCACCACUCUGUAAUGGUUCCAGUGCAUCGCAGAUACAGUAAUAAAUGCAUGUGGUUGCAUGCAUCGCCGUCGGUUGUCGUCAUCUGCGUUUGCUUUAAGACCCUUGGAUUUUACGGAGUUUGUCGGUGCAUGUAUCUACUGCUCUUUUUUCUGUUAAUUUCCUUCCUAGCCCUUCCUUCUUCUUCUACUAUAAUUAGACUUCACAUUAUAUUAUAUGGGUAAUAAUGUAAAAACGUCUUUGCUAAAUUUUGUGUGCA